AUGUCCGAGCAAUACUCCGUCGCAGUUGGUAAAGCUGCUAAUGAGCACGAGACCGCUCCCAGAAGAAACAUUAGGGUCAAGAAGCGGCCCUUGAUUAGACCUUUGAACUCAUCUGCGUCUACGCUCUACGAAUUUGCCCUAGAGUGCUUCAACAAGGGCGGUAAGCGAGAUGGUAUGGCUUGGAGAGACGUUAUUGAGAUUCAUGAGACGAAGAAAACCACCGUCAAAAAGGUAGAUGGCAAGGAUAAGUCCACGGAGAAGACAUGGUUGUUUUAUGAAAUGUCGCCCUAUAAAACGACGACCUACCAAGAGCUGACGUGGGUGAUGCACGACAUGGGUCGUGGGCUGGUCAAGAUAGGUAUUAGGCCCAAUGGUGAACACAAGUUUCACAUCUUUGCGUCCACUUCCCAUAAAUGGAUGAAAACUUUCCUUGGUUGUAUAUCUCAAGGGAUUCCCGUAGUAACCGCGUAUGACACACUGGGUGAGAGCGGUCUGAUCCACUCCAUGGUGGAAACGGAGUCCGCUGCCAUCUUCACUGACAAUCAAUUGCUGGCCAGGAUGAUAGUGCCUUUGCAAUCCGCCAAAGAUAUCAAAUUCCUUAUCCAUAACGAACCUAUAGACCCCAAUGACAAGAGACAAGGCGGUAAACUAUACAAAUCCGCCAAGGACGCCAUCAAUAAGAUCAGAGAGGUUAGGCCAGACUUAAAAAUCUACAGUUUUGAAGAUAUCAUAAAGAUAGGUAAAAAAAGCAAAGAUGAGAUUCAACUGCAUCCACCCGAGCCAGAGGAUCUGGCUUGUGUCAUGUAUACUUCAGGCUCAAUCAGUGCGCCAAAGGGUGUGGUGUUGACGCAUUAUAACAUUGUUUCCGGGAUAGCUGGUGUGGGUCACAACGUUUUCGGAUGGAUUGGCUCUACAGAUCGCGUUCUGUCAUUCUUACCAUUGGCUCACAUUUUUGAACUAAUCUUUGAAUUCGAAGCCUUUUACUGGAACGGUAUUCUUGGAUACGGUAGUGUCAAGACUUUGACUAAUAAUUCAACACGUAAUUGCAAGGGUGAUCUCAUCGAGUUUAAGCCCACUAUAAUGAUCGGCGUGGCUGCCGUGUGGGAAACAGUGAGGAAGGCUAUUUUGGAAAGGGUCAAUGAUUUGUCCCCCGUGCUCCAAAAGAUUUUUUGGUCUGCUUAUAGUAUGAAAGAAAGGAGCGUUCCAUGUACCGGGUUUUUAAGUCGUUUAGUCUUCAAAAAAGUCAGACAAGCCACUGGGGGGCAACUCAAAUAUAUUAUGAAUGGUGGGUCUGCAAUCAGUAUAGAUGCUCAGAAAUUUUUCAACAUUGUCCUAUGUCCCAUGAUUAUUGGUUAUGGAUUGACGGAAACUGUGGCAAAUGCUUGUGUUUUGGAACCAAAUCAUUUCGAAUAUGGUAUUGUCGGUGAUCUUGUUGGGUCAAUUACCGCCAAAUUGGUAGAUGUUAAGGAUUUGGGUUAUUUUGCAAAGAAUAAUCAAGGGGAGUUGCUACUAAAGGGUGCCCCUGUCUGUUCUGAAUAUUAUAAGAACCCUAUAGAAACCGCAGUUGCUUUCACCUAUGACGGAUGGUUUCGUACUGGUGAUAUUGUUGAAUGGACCCCCAAGGGACAAAUUAAAAUCAUUGAUAGAAGAAAGAAUUUGGUUAAAACUCUAAAUGGUGAAUAUAUUGCACUCGAAAAAUUAGAGUCUGUUUAUAGAUCAAGCUCUUACGUGCAAAACAUCUGUGUUUAUGCCGAUGAAAGUAGGGUCAAACCAGUGGGUAUUGUGGUACCCAACAUGGGACCCCUAUCUAAAUUUGCUGUCAAGUUGCGUAUAAUGAAAAAGGGUGAGAACAUCGAAAACUACGUUCAUGAAAGGGCGUUACAGAGUGCUGUUUUCAAAGAGAUGCUGGCAACUGCCAAAUCUCAAGGUUUAAAUGGUAUUGAACUGCUAUGUGGUAUUGUCUUCUUUGAUGAAGAGUGGUCACCUGAAAAUGGGUUUGUUACAUCCGCUCAAAAACUUAAAAGAAGAGAAAUCUUGGCCGCUGUCAAAUCAGACGUGGAAAGGGUGUACAAAGAAAACUCUUAG